CUUAGACGAGGCCGCCUCAGUAGAUACUUACUAACAUCGCUCUUCAGACGCGAGACGAACAGACGGACAAAUAGUGUUCCUUAUAGUGAUCCACGCAUCUUUAUUCUUUUACAAUGAAAGUGAAGCCAGAGCUACUGGUGCAGCCUUCGGGGGAGAUGUGGAAGAAGAUCAGGGUGGAGCUGAACGAGGAUGUCUCCACCAACGAUAGAGACCUGGAGGCCAUCAAGGACUGGAUGAAGAAACAGCCGCAUCUGCCUGAUGAAUGGGAGGACCAGCCUCUGAUGACCUUCCUCCGCGGCUGCAGCUUCUCCCUGGAGAAGACCAAGCGUAAGCUGGACAUGUACUUCACCAUGCGCGCCGCUUGUCCGGAGUUCUUCACCAACAGAGACGCCACUUUACCAGAUUUGUUCGAGAUUCUUACCAAUAAAAUACAAGGCCCAGCGCUACCUGGUAUAACUCCAAACGGCAGGAGAGUCACAGUUUGUAGAGGCAUCCACCCAGACCUGAACAGCCAGCAGAUCACGGAUACCCUGAAGCUGGCUCUGAUGAUAGGAGACGUCCGUUUAACUGAGGAAAAGGAGGGAGUCGCAGGAGACAUCUACGUCCUCGAUGCUGCUAUACUUGGGCCCAGUUUACUGGCUAGACUCAGCCCGUCUACUGUUAAGAAGUUUAUGAUUUGUGUUCAGGAAGCAUACCCAAUAAAGUUGAAAGAGGUGCACAUAGUAAACACCUCGCCGAUUGUAGAGAGAUUCAUUAACUUCGUGAAGCCUUUCCUCAAGGAGAAGAUCAGAAAACGGAUCUUCAUUCACAAGGAAAUCAAGGACCUAUACAAAUACGUGCCCCAAGAAAUGUUACCGCUGGAGUAUGGUGGUCCGGUUAGCAACAUGGCUGCACUGCAAGAGCGAUGGACCAACACCCUGAUAGAAUACCGGGACUGGUUCUCGUCCCAGGAUGAGGUGAAAGCAAACGAGGCUCUUAGACCAGGGAAGCCUACCAACUACGAUGAACUUUUUGGAAUCGAUGGAUCCUUCAGGCAACUGACUAUCGACUAAUAACCUACAUGUUUGAGAAUAGAUAAUCAUAAACCAAAUCUGUAGACCCACUGGUUAAACUUAAGGAUCAGAGAUCAAAAAACUCUGUUCUUCAGAAAGACUCAUUUAUCUAAAGCUAGUAUUAAUUCGUUACUUGACCACCCAAAUCCCCUGGAAGUAGCGGCUUCUGGAUACAUCCCGCUUAGGGACGGUACUGAAAAGUAUCGAUGUCCGAAGGACGUAAUAUACGAUCCCGACGUCCCGAUUACUCUAUCCAUAGAGGCGGCCAAUCAGCUCGCGAUAACAAACACUUCAGAACCCCGAUACCGACCCCGCCGGCGUGGUCGACGAAUUCCCUCAUUCAGCGCUUAUGGCUAUCAUCCCACUGGGGUCGAUUGAUUCUUUCAAAUAUUAUCCUCUCAGACGACGCCCCGAGCCGAGGUUCGCGCCCAACUGGGCGCCCUCAGGCCUGUUGUCUUUAAUUUUAUACCGAGUGAGAGCCCACGGCGCUCCCCAUAUGUCCGGCCAAGUAGUUAAUGCCAAAAGCGACUAAUCUACAAUAAGUCACGUCAAAAAGACGAAUUUGUUUUUGAAUUUAUGUUUGGAUCACAAAUUAUUAUCACAUACUGAGCGGUGAAGGAAAACAUCGUGAGGAAACCCGCAUACCCGAGAAAUGCGUUUCGGAGGUAUGAGUAGGUUAGGUCUAACCUGUAUUGGGCUGGUUUUCCCUUCGGGUUAGAAGGUCAGACAGGCAGUCGCUUCUGUAAUAAACCGGACCUGUCUAAUUUUCAGGUUAGGUAAGCAGACCCUAUGAAUACGGGAUUACGCUAGGAAAAUGAUAAUGAUCUAUUUUAGGCUCAAGGCUAUAUUCCUAAUUGGUGUAAUCAGAAGUACAGCAUCGUAUAAAGUGCCUGCAUGCCCACGUUUCGCCACGUUACUAUACCAACGUGAUAGUUUUACCUGCGGGGUCUACAAUGGUUUAUGGUCAAACAAUUACGUAUUUUAAGGAUAAUGGCAUUCUCUAUGAACAGCCAUAAGCGGUAUUGAUAUCAUAAAAAUGAGAUAGUUCGUUUAGACUAUCGAAAAUAAAUGGAAAACGGCUUGUUUCAUAACUAGUUAUGAAUAAUAGCGAAAAAUAUUCAAUGAGGGAUUUUCCAGGCUAAGUUCCUCGAAAACAAUAUAGAUGGCAGCCUCUUACUUCAGUAGGCCGGAGUGAGAUGGUGGCUGAUUUCGGAUAGGGACCCAGACCUAUGGGGUAUAACGUAGAACCCUUGCCUGAAAACGGGUGAAGACCUCAACGGUUGCAGAGGCGGAGAUGGGACGGCAAUGUAGGACGGAAGAGGCGAAUCACAGUAACUGUAACCUGGAACCUAACAGAGGGCAGCAUAUUCAGAGGCUUUGAAAUAGACUACUCUGGGCAACAUCCCACUCGCGUCAGAGAGUACUCACUCAGAAGGCAAGAGGGAAACCAAGGUCCCGUUGUAAUUAUGUUUAUAAACAUUGACACAUUUUAUGACAUCAAUAUUGUCUGUGACUGCUCAUAUUUUUUACCUUGCCCAUUCUCCUUUCUGCUCAUUUAAUGUGAUACUGUAUUGCUUUACACUUGUGUGUAUAAAUACUAUAUUUAUAGGAUAAGAUUAAUUUGUAAAUAUCUUUUGCUGUUAGUUCAUGGGACAUUCAGGAUUCUACCAGGGCGGUUAAAAAGGCCACAUCGAAGCAAUUCAUCUAAAAAAGCUAUAUUGCGAUUUGACAUUUGUGCAUAUAAAAGUAACUGCGCAAUGCAAACAAAUGUCAAAUAGUAUUAUUGCUUUUUAGAUGAAUUGCUUGGAUGUGGCCAUUUUAAUCCCCCAAGAUUAUACAUUGUUUUAAGUUUACGCGGUUAUUAUCAUAAUUAAAACACAAUAACGGGUUCUUACCGCGGGCGUAUGUCUGCCCGUAGAAAAUUAUUGAUCUACCUACUCCACUCCAAUCUCAUCAGUCAUCCCGUGAUCAUGGCACUUGCAACAGUGUCGAAAUAUCGGGAGUCUCAUAUCCCUAUUUUAAACGCGGUAAGAACCCGUUAUUAUGUGUCCCCCAAGAUUCUCUCUUGCUUUUAUCUAGUCCCUAUAUUGCACGACUCUAAAUUGCAAACAUGUUCACAUUUGAUUUGAAAAUCAUAUUAUGCUUAUUAAAUGCCACUAUGUCAGUUCGAGUACAGAACCAGAGCUCUAAUCCGAUCCAACUGCAGCGAGGAGUGAGACAGGGAGAUGUCAUCUCUCCGAAACUGUUCACUGCUGCAUUGGAGGAUAUUUUUAAGCUUCUGGACUGGAAAGGAUUUGGCAUCAACAUCAACGGCGAGUACCUGACGCACCUUCGAUUUGCCGAUGAUAUAGUCCUAAUGGCUGAGACCCUGGAAGACCUGAACACCAUGCUCGAGCAUCUCAGUAACGCAUCCCAACGAGUGGGUCUUAGGAUGAACAUGGCAAAGACAAAAAUUAUGUCCAACGACCAUGUCGCACCCACUCCAGUUCAGGUUGGGAACGUUACACUCGAAGUUGUAGACCAGUACAUUUACCUAGGACAAAUAAUCCAGUUAGGUAAGUCCAACUUCGAGAAAGAGAUCUCUCGUCGGAUCCAACUCGGAUGGGCAGCGUUCGGGAAGCUGCGGAAUAUCUUCUCGUCCAAAAUACCUCAGUGUCUCAAGACGAAAGUCUUUGACCAGUGCGUGUUGCCAGUGAUGACCUACGGCAGUGAGACGUGGCCGCUUACUAUGGGUCUCGUGAGGAGGCUCGGUGUCGCUCAGCGGGCAAUGGAGAGAGCUAUGCUCGGUAUUUCCCUGCUCGAUCGAAUCAGAAAUGAGGAGAUCCGCAGGAGAACUAAAGUCACCGACAUAGCUCGAAGAAUUGCAAAGCUGAAGUGGCAGUGGGCAGGACACAUAGCGAGGAGAACCGAUGGCCGAUGGGGCGGAAAGGUUCUGGAGUGGCGACCACGUGUCGGACGACGCUCAGUGGGUAGGCCCGCUACAAGGUGGACCGACGAUCUGGUGAAGGUCGCGGGAAGCCGCUGGAUGCGGGCAGCGCAGGACCGAUCGUCGUGGAGAUCCUUGGGGGAGGCCUAUGCCCAGCAGUGGGCGUCAUACGGCUGAUGAUGAUGAUGAUGAUUAUGCUUAUUAGUAGUAGUUUAUGUUCCUUUAUAAAUAUAUUGGUCCCAAUUAUUGACGAAGAUUUUGUGCACCUAAUUCGUUUUAUUGUUACUGACAUUCAAGACUCGUUAUGAUAUUGAUAGUCUCAUGUUGGUAAUACUAACACUUACAGCUACUAUUUCAACCUAUAUACGAUUGUACCUAUUAGUCUGAGAACAUUAUUCUACUUUUAAAGUACCUAAUUGCUUUAUAUUUUUAUUUAAUAAAUACAAUUGGGUAGUUUCCCAGGUCAAAGAUAAAUUAUGAAAUUUUGAUUACUAAAUAGAAACAAAUCUAAAGGUGACAAAAAGCGUUCUCUUUUUCUAUUUAACUUAUUUAUGAAUUUUAAUAAUGAAAAAUGUAAUAAAAACUGCGCCAUUUUGACACGUUUUUCUAUGACGUCACAGGUUGUUGUUUCAUACAAUUUCUGCAGUCGUUUCGUGUUUUGACGUUUAGUAAAAAGUAACUGAUUUGACUAGUUGGAAACUACACUAUUAGGAUCACUACCUGAAAUUUUGUAAUUUGUAAUUAGGUGCCGUUAUAAGAAAUAAAGAAACUUCACAUUUU